GCCAAGAUCACCCUCAACAGAGCCUUCAACUAUUCAAUGUCAAAAAGAAGCCAUGAUGAUACAGAGGAUCACCCACAUCUCUAGUUUCCAGCUCCCUCCGCCAAGCUCCCCCAUAUAUAAGAGAAUCAUUAGAAGAAUCUCCACAGAGCCUUUUAGAGAGUUGGGUCCAGGAAAAAGAGAUGGGGCGAGGGGAAAAAAUGCUGGUUUCAUGCCGUUUAUCAUGUCUCAAGUUUCUGUCGAUCAUGAUUCUGCUCAUAGUUGUAUAUCAGUUUGCCUCCAUUUGGGGAUUCACUUCCGGUAAUCCAUGGCUAUGGAACUCGGCAACUACCGCUACUCUGGUCACAAGCAUUCCCACCAAAAGUUAUGGAGGUGCGCUUCUCCAACAGCCAAGACCAGCUGCCAUUGCUAUAAAUGCAGCCAGGAACUAUUGGUGGUUGUGGAUUACCAUUUCAGGACUAGUAAUUCUCAUGUUACUCGUAGUCCUUUUCUGCUAUAGGAGAAAACUCAAAGGGAAGAAAGAAGAAGAGGCUAUGUUACAUGAAUUGACAACUUUUGACAGAUCUACUGAUUUAGAUGAGAAUGGAAAUAAUGGGAAUCAUGGUCAUAAGUUGAAAGUUUUUAAUUUUGAUUACAUCAUGAUUGCCACAAAUAAUUUUUCAUCUCAAAAUAAAAUUGGAAAAGGUGGUUUUGGUGAUGUAUACAAGGGGAAACUAAUUGAUGGGCAAGAGAUAGCAGUAAAGAGACUUUCAAGAGGAUCUGGACAAGGGCUGGUGGAGUUCAAAAAUGAGAUUAGGCUAAUUAGCAAUCUACAACAUAUGAAUAUUAUUAGGCUUAUAGGCUGCAGCAUCAGUGGAGAAGAAAGGAUAUUAAUCUAUGAGUUCAUGCCAAACAAAAGCUUGGAUUUCUUCCUUUCUGAUGCUAGGUGCAAGAAAUUAUUGGAUUGGAAGAAGCGUUACAACAUUAUUGAGGGAAUUGCUCAAGGACUUCUUUACUUGCAUAAAUACUCGAGAUUGAAAAUUAUACAUAGAGAUCUUAAAGCAAGUAAUAUCUUACUUGAUCAUGAUAUGAACCCCAAGAUUUCUGAUUUUGGCAUGGCUAGAAUUUUUAGGUCAAAUGCAGUUGAAGCAAAUACAGAAAGGAUUGUUGGGACAAUUGGUUACAUGUCACCCGAAUAUGCCAGGAAUGGUAUUUUCUCAAUGAAAUCAGAUGUAUAUAGUUUUGGAGUUUUAAUGUUGGAGAUCAUAAGUGGCCGCAAGAAUAAAAUCUUUCAUCACAAUGAUUGCACCAUCAACCUAGUAGGAUAUGUAAGUCAACUAAACUUGGAAUGUUAUCUCAAUAUUGCAAUCAAUAUCAAUUCACUACAACUAAAGUUUUACACUAAUUAA